AUCUCGGCUCGGGAGGCUAUGCGUAGGCUGCGUUACCAAGUUUGUUAGUGUAAGAUAUUUAUAGAUACAACCAGCUGAGAAAAGAGUGCACGGGGUAGUAGGUAGGGAGGAAUGAAGUAAUGGUUUAAGACGACGAAAUUUAACAAGGGCAGGAUCAUCGUUACCUACUCCUUGUUUUUCAGUCUGCGCGCGCGCCUGCACGGUAACCAAAUAUAUAACAAUGAACAAACCGCCAGUCCCAAAAGACGCGUUACCUAAACUAAAGAGAAUGAGGGCUGCUUAGAAAGAGAGAAAGACAAAGAGACGACGACGAGCAGGACCAUGGCAGGACAUUUCGAGAGCAGCUCGAGGGGCUUGCAAACCUAAAAAAAAACAAGUAUCUGUGUGCAUUGGCAAACUCAAACAUUUGUUCAACGCUAAAAGCAUAAUUUAGUUAUCUACCGCAGCAGUUAGCUGUCCCACCCACAGUUUUGCUUUCCUUUUAGCUAUUGUUGCAACAUCAUGUGAAAACCCAGCAUGUGACUGUCUGCACUUAAAAACACUCCUCGCUUUUGACCACUCAUUUCACGAAGAGCUGCAGUCAGAUAUCAGUCUACAGUUUCUCAUUGACCCUUGGCCUGUUUAUAUUUUAGUCAAAUAUGCAGGUGGAGCUGCACGGGCUGUUUGAUGAUAACACGACCUUCGACUAUGACAGUUAUGAGUACAACGAGGAGAUCUGUCCGUCCAGCAGGGUCUCUGACGCUUUGGCCGUCUUCAUACCCCUGCUCUACUCGGUCUGCUUCUUCUGUGGGCUGCUGGGAAACGGACUGGUGAUAAUGAUACUGUGGCUUAAGAGGCUAAACCUGAGUGUGAUGGACAUCUUCAUCCUCCUUCUGAGCCUGUGGGACACUCUGCUGCUGCUCACACUUCCUCUCUGGGCUGUAGAUGCGGUUAAAGGAUGGGUCGUGGGAACUGAGUUCUGCAAACUUUCUGGAGCUCUGUUCAAGAUCAAUUUCUACGGCGGUAUCUUGACGUUGGCCUGUUUUAGUGUUGAGUACUGUCUGUCAGUGGUCUGUGGGGUACAGCUGUUAUCUCAUAAAAGGCCUGUGGUGGUUUACUGUUGCUGCGCGAUCAUCUGUGUCCUCUGCCUGCUCCUGUCCGUCCCUGAUUGGAUCUUUCUGAGUGUGAGCUCGGAUCACGGUAAACAGGAAUGCAUGCACCGCUAUCCGCCUGAGUCCUGGCGCCUUGCCUCUCGUCUUCCGUAUCUUUUUGUUUCCCUGGGGCUUGUGCUGCUGUUCUUCUGUUCCAUGGUCUUGCUAAAUUCACGGCACAACUCAAAGUGCCGAGAGAAGAAGAAGGGCCAAAGCACAGCUAUCGUUGCAAGCCUCGUGCUGGUUUUCUUCGUCUGCUGGACACCCUACAGCAUUAGCUUCAUGGUGAACACAUUUCGGCCGACGGACAGCGUCUCCGCAGCAGUGGCAGAAGACUGCGUAGUGAGGCAGUGGACAUCUAGCAAAAUAACAGCGGUUUUUGGGCUUCUCCAUUGUGUUGUUAAUCCUGUUAUUUACCUCUGUCUCUCUAAAGAGUUCCAGCGUCGUGUGCUAACUUUGAUGAGGUUCAGCGCUUGUAAUAUGGAGAAUAAGGAUGUUUCGCUUUGGGACUCUAGUGGAGUAAAGGGUGCUGUACAGGAGGAACAAGGUUCACUUCAACCUAUGAAUGAAAUCAAACAAACAAUAAAAGCUCAAGAUUUUGAUAUAUAAAAGCAUUGAUCAUAAAACAUUCAUUGAUGGACAUUUCGGAGCUCGUAAUAGUAUGCAUUAUUCAUUAUCACGUGUCCUUUUAAAGGUUUCUGUACAUGCAUCCUGGAAAAUUAUGGAUGAUAACGGAUUAAAUGAAAAAGAUGGACAUUAAAUGAAAGGAGGACGUGAAAGGACGUGAAAUGCUGGCAUGAAAUAAUCACUUGCACUUUAAUUCUGUUUAUUUUCAUCAGUGAAAUCAUGCUGGGAAAUGCUUAUUUUAAUCGGUCAUAUGUUAUAUUUAUUUAUUUUCUUUGUGCUGUGUAAAUGUUUUGGAAUAUUAUAGAACAAUGUGCUUAGUGUUUUGCGUAUUAUUAGCCAAUAUUUGGCCAUUAGCCAGUUUUGUGCCUAUUUGCCUGAUCAACAGAUGUCUUCGUUCCCACUCAAAUACAAAAUCAAUCAUUGUGAAUGAGUAAUAAACAUUUAAUGUUUUUAAAUUCAA